GAACAACCCCCCCCCCCCCCCCCCCGCUCCUUGCUCGGACUACUCUGCCUCUUGAUCGCUCGUACUCCGCAUCCUUCGCCUUCCUUGUGUAGAGAGAUAAGAAGCAGUUGUGAGAUCUGAGUUUGGAUUAGGAUCCUCGCUAAACAAUCCUUGCAAAGGGGCUAUCGGGUCGACUUUAGCUUGGUGGCUUCGGGAUUUGUGGCAGUUGUGCAUGAUUGUGGCAUUGGAGGAAGUGCAGAGGGUUCAUGUGAUUGUUCAGUUGGGAAGAUUUCUUUGAGAAGGAGUGAGCUGAUUUUGAACAACUUGCAUUGAGAAGCCAUUCGAACCGAGAAUCUCGGGGGAAAGGGGUGGCGUUUGAGAGAUUGUAAUUAGCGAUUGCGAAACUGGGGUGUAGCUUGAAGGACGGCUUUGGUGAAGUGCGGCAGCUUGGAAGUUGGUUUGCGAAAGGUUGAUUAGCGCAGUGAAUGGUUGAGUAGUUUCUUUUUGUUGGGUAAAGAUGUCGUCCGCUAUGUGUAGAAGUGCCACUUUGGCGAAUAGGUUCGUCUGCGGCAAUGUUCUGACGGACAGGUUGCAGUCUGAAGCCUCGUCUAGUGGUAGAGUAGAAUUGGCUCGAUUCUCAGCGAGAAGAGCAGUUCCAGGCGUAUCAUGCUCGCAGAGAAAUCAGUCGGAUGGACAUGUUGCGCAUACCUCAUCUGGGUCUGUCUCGUCUUUUGGGUCGCUCUCUUCAGAGGAAUGGUGGAGGAAGAACACAGGAAGUGCGGGUGACUCCACGGGUGGGCUGAGAGCCACUCAUCAUACGCAAAUGGAUACUAUGUUUCCAGAACAUAAAUCAUUGCUUGACUGGGACAACACAGCCGACGAGUGGAAGGAACACGCGUUUCACGAGACACCAACAAGUAGAGGAGUUCACGGAGGUGUGCCUGUGUUUGUGAUGCUCCCUUUGGACAGCGUGAACAUUAACAAUACCCUCAAAAGGCGUCGUGCAUUGAAUGCCUCUUUGCUGGCUUUGAAAUCUGCUGGUGUUGAAGGUGUCAUGAUGGAUGUAUGGUGGGGAAUUGUGGAGAAGGAAGGACCCCGGAAUUAUAACUGGUCUGCAUAUCGCGAGUUGAUUGACAUGGUUCGGAAGCAUGGGUUGAAGGUGCAGGCUGUAAUGUCCUUUCAUCAGUGUGGUGGCAACGUUGGUGAUAGCUGCAAUAUUCCUCUGCCUCCUUGGGUUUUGGAAGAGGUUCAGAAGAAUCCUGAUUUGGCCUACACAGACAAGGCAGGGAAACGGAAUGCUGAGUACAUCUCCCUUGGCGCGGACAACGUGCCAGCCCUGAAAGGGAGAACACCUGUUCAGUGCUAUGCAGACUUCAUGAGGAGUUUCAGAGACAACUUCAAAGAUCUUCUUGGAGACGUCAUCAUCGAAAUACAAUGCGGAAUGGGACCAGCUGGUGAAUUGCGGUAUCCUUCAUACCCGGAAAGUGAAGGAAGGUGGCGAUUUCCAGGCAUCGGCGAGUUCCAAUGCUACGACAAGUACAUGCUUGCAAGUUUGAAAGCCAAUGCUCAGGCAUUAGGAAAGCCUGCCUGGGGCCACGGAGGUCCUUGCGAUGCUGGAAACUAUAACCAGUGGCCCGAUGAAACUGGGUUCUUUCACAGGGAUGGUUCAUGGUGCUCAGAAUAUGGCCAGUUCUUUAUGGAGUGGUAUUCCGAAAUGAUUCUUGCUCACGGCGAACGGCUCUUAGCAUCGGCUUCAGGCAUUUUCAAGGGUACUGGAGCCGUUAUUUCAGGCAAAGUUGCUGGUAUUCACUGGCAUUACGGCACAAGAAGUCAUGCUGCUGAACUGACAGCAGGUUACUACAACACUCGAACAAGAGAUGGAUAUGCUACUAUCGCUCAAAUGUUCGCCAAGUAUGGCGUUACUCUAAACUUCACGUGUAUUGAAAUGCGGGACUACGAGCAGCCCUCACAAGCUUCAUGCAGUCCAGAAGGAUUAGUGAGACAAGUGGCUUUAGCCACUAGGAGAGCUGGAAUUCCCAUGGCUGGAGAGAAUGCUCUUCCAAGGUUUGACAGUUCAGCCCACGAACAGAUAGUGCGCAAAUCAAGAUUACGUAUGAAUGAGCAUGGAGAUUGUCAUGAAGAGUACGAACCAAUGGCUGCCUUUACCUUCUUGAGAAUGUGCGAGAGCUUGUUCCACAGCGAAAACUGGAAACUGUUUGUUCCGUUUGUGCGGCACAUGGAGGAGGGGAGGACAUUCCAGCCCUGGGAGGAGGAGCAUCACAGAACGGAGACUCAUGUACAUGCUACAAGACCCCUAGUCCAAGAAGCAGCCUCGUUGAUGUAUUAGUGUGUAAACAUGUCCUUAACUCAGGAGGCUGAUCAUUUUUCCUCUCUUGUCUUAUACCUUUAAACACACUAGCCGGUAGUUUGAUACAUAUUAUUACCAUCUUGAGGAUUCGGUUCAGCUACGUGAGGAUUUUUUCUCCUACUCAACAAAGAGUAGACCGUAGUGUAAAACUACUACUUCGGUCCUUGACCAGACGUCGUCUCUCAGCAGGGUUAGAAAUGAGGAAAAGGAUGUACUCUGGAAUACAUCUGUAUUAUAAUUCUAGGAAAUUAGUGAGUGUUCCAGAGUGUUUUGUAAGUUACGAGUAUCGAAAUGAGAUCCGACAUCAAACAAUGAAAAUCAAAGUAAUUGUUUCGGGCAGUCAUUUGGGCAACGAGGAUGAAGCUCAAAAAUGUACAUAUUCUCAAUAUUUUUAUCCAUUCUUCCUGGCGAAGGAGAAUGGAACUUUUGGAUGAAUGCCAAUAGACUCCUUAUCUUUUUUCUGCGA